AUGUUUUUACUUGGUAAUUUACCUGAUUUUGUUCGUACAAAACGUAUAUCAAUAUGUAUUCAAAAUUGGACAAAUCAAUUUGGUCAUAUUUAUGGUUAUUUUGAAGGUCAUACACCAAUACUUGUAGUAUCGAAUCCCGAUAUUUUACAUGAAAUAUUUAUAAAAUAUUUUUCAAAAUUUCAUUCACGACGUCAAUUUCCAUUAGAAGAUCGUCGUACAACAAAAGGUGUUCAUUUAUUUAGUGCUACCGGUGAUCAAUGGCGACGACAACGUGCUAUUAUUAAUCCAACAUUUUCAACACUUAAAAUGAAACGAAUGUUUCCAAUAAUCGAUGAUUGUAUAACAACAUUUUUAAUUAAAUUAGAAGAAUGUAUGAAAACAUCAUCUGAAGGUUUUGAUAUUUAUAAAUUAUAUAAACGUCUUACAAUGGAUCUUAUUUGGAGAUGUUGUUUUGGUAUUAAAACUGAUAUGCAAAAUGAUCCAAAUAAUCCAUAUUUAAAACGAUCUCAAGAAGUGUUUGCUAGAGAAAAUUGCGCAUAUUUAGCAACAUUAUUAGGUAUAUUAAUACCAGAAUUACAACCAAUUUGGUUAACAAGUCAUUGUUGGAUAAAUUAUAUUAGGGCUAGAUUACGCCGUCUAUUGCCAAUGGGUGAAAAAUUAAUUGAAGAUGAUCCAAAUGAAUGGCUUAAAGAUAAUGUUGGUUAUUUUAUUAAGAAAGCACAAAUUCAUCAAAAUAAUAAUAAUAAUAAUAAUAAUAAUGAUUAUAAUACUAACAUAACUAAGUCAGCAGAUUUAAUUCAUAUAAUGCUUGACGCAACAGAAAAAAGUUCCAUCGAUAAUAAGCAGCAUGAUCAUACUGAACGAAUUUUAUCAUUAAAUGAACUAAAACAAAAUAUUUAUUUAUUUAUGGUAGCUGGUUAUGAAACUACAAGUACAGCUCUUGCGUAUGUUACUCAUAUAUUAGCUACACAUUUGGAUGAACAAAAAAAAUUACAAAAUUAUAUUGAUUCUUUUUUAAAUGUUGAUAGUAUUCUUGAUUAUGAUAUUAUUAAUAAAAUGGAAUAUCUUGAUUGGUUUAUUCGAGAAACUUUACGUAUGUAUCCAAUAACACCAAUUAUUAUUAAUCGAGAAUGUUCAGAACAAAUUGAUUUACCUGGUUUAGGUCGUAUUUUACCAGGUACUAAGAUUACACUUGAUAUGUAUAGUUUACAUUAUAAUAAUGAUUUAUGGGGACCAGUGGAUACGAAAAAAUUUUAUCCAGAAAGAUUUGCAACUAAACGGCAUCCAAUGGCAUGGGUAGCAUUUGGUGUUGGUCCUCGUAAUUGUGUAGGCAUGCGAUUUGCUCUUGCUGAAAUAAAAAUUGUAAUAAUACGUCUUUUACAAAACUAUACAGUAUUACCAGCAUCAAUGGAUGAUAAUAAUUUAGAUCUAGUUGAACUAGUAACAAUCUCACCAAAACAAGUAUCAAUUCGGUUGGAACAACGAACAGAUAAAUAA